AUGCACCGCCGCUGCAGCAGCAAGCAGAGCUCAGCAGCAGCAGCAGCAGCAAAAGAAGCAGCAACAGCAGCAGCAAAAGAAGCAGCAACAGCAAAAGAAGCAGAAGUAGCAGCAGAAGAAGCAGCAGUAGCAGCUGAAGAAGCAGCAGUAGCAGCAGAAGGAGCAGCCACAGCGACGCAGCAUCUGCAGCAGCAGCAGCAGCAGCAGCAGCAGCAGCAGCAGCAGCAGCACGGACUGCUUUGUUGGCUGUCCGUUCCGAACUGUCUCUUGUGUCUCCUGCGAGUGCCGAUUUCUUUGGCGGAAGCUAAUCGAGCAACAACUUCGAGAUUGGGGGCCAAGACAAUGCCGGCGUAG